GAAGCCAUUUUACAACCUCAAGGAGCGUAGACCAUGGAGCACCCUGAGGUACCGCCUCCCCGCCCGUUAGAAAAUGAUUCGACACCAACAGCUUCAACAUCAGAAGUAACGAGCUCACAAGAUCCGCAAAUUCCGGUCGACAACGAAGCUGAAACCGCUGGCGACCAGGCCGCCAGUACUGCCAGCCGCCCGGACACCCAAACUCCAGGCGACCAUGUCACCCAAGCUGAUGCCGACAGCGGCAGCCAGGUUGUUACGUCAACUGCUGUGGAAAACUUACAGGAAGGGAAAGAGAUGAGUAAAACCCAGGAUGAACCUCCUCAUGAACUUGAGAACCAGUUUAUAUUGCGUCUGCCUCUGGAACAUGCAUCUACUGUCAGGAAGAUAGUACAUUCCAGAAGUGUUGCCAUGAAGGAUAAACUAAAAAUUGACUUAUCUUCUGAUGGACGUCAUGCAAUUGUUGAGGUAGAAGAAAUCUCACUAGCCGCAAAGCUGGUUGAUUUGCCAUGUGUUAUUGGAAGUCUGAAAACUCUUGAUAAAAAAACUUUUUAUAAAACAGCAGAUGUUUCUCAGAUGCUUGUGUGCACUCCUGGUGCUGAGCUCCAGUCUUCUCCGGAAGAACCAGUUACUUCUACUGGUCUCAAAGCAAUUAGGAAAAGUGAAAAAGAGAGACAGAAAAAAUAUAUCUGGAAGCAUGGCAUUACUCCACCACUUAAGAAUGUCAGAAAGAAAAGGUUCCGCAAAACAACAAAAAAGCUCAUUGAUUUCAAACAAAUUGAAGAAAUCAGCUUUCCUGAGGACAAGGACAUUUCUGGAAAACACAGGAUGUUAAAUGACCUUACUGGUAUCCCGCCUUCCCCCACUUUGGUUCAGUACAUUGAAUCUCCUGAUGUGGAAAAGGAAGUAAAAAGACUCUUGUGUUCAGAUGCUGAAGCUGUCAGUGCUCGAUGGGAAGUCAUUGCUGAAGAUGAAACCAAGGAAAUUGAAAGCCAAGGCUCCAUCCUGGGUUUUGCAGUGUCCCCAGGGCUAAGUGACUAUAUGCAGGGUCAUAUCUUGUCAGAAUAUGGUAUGCUUCGGGAGAUGUCCAGUGAUUCUAGCAGUAACAGUGAUGAUGAUGAUGAUGACGACGACGAUGACAACGACGAAGACGAGGAUGAUGAUGACGACGAGGAUGAGGAUGAGGAGGAUGAAGAAAAGGACAACUAUGGUGAUGAGUAUGAAGUUGAGGAAGAGGAGGAAGAUUAUUAUGAAAAGGAUCUGGAAAGGGAGCUACAGGCCAGGUUCUUUGCAUCUGGCCAAUAUGAGGCAAAGGAAGAAGCCAGUUCAGUAGUCAUGGAUAUUCAGAAGCAGAUUCAUUACAUGGAGAGAAAGCUCCAAGAGAUUCAAUGCAAAGCACAAAGACAGAAGGAUCUCAUAAUGAAAGUGGAAAACCUGACGCUCAAGAAUCAUUUACAGUCUAUGCUGGAGCAGCUUCAGCUACAGGAAAUACAAAAAAAUGAGCAGCUCAUUUCCCUACGGGAACAAUUGAAAUGUUUUUUGGAGAAGUGAGAGAGCCUUCGCCCUGGCGCAGGAACGUUGGAUUCACUAUCCAGCCUGAAGACUGGAUGAAAUUGUAUGUGUUUCUGACCCUUUUUUUGAGUCAUUUGUAUUUGUUUAUCUGAACUUUUGUUUUCUAGUCAUAUCUGAAGUUUAGGGUUGUGUAGAAAGGGACAGAAUAUAAAAACAUAGUAGACCUAAAAACCCAACUUCAAUAUGGAACUUUGCUUCUCUUUAUCAAUUUGAGAAUUGCUUAUAUUGCUUCUGUUGUGUUGAUGCCAUCAAAUGAUUCAGCCAUGCUUGCCAAAGACACUCUAGCCUGAAGGCUAUAUAGCUGGUUUGAAUAUGUUUCCAGUUCCCUUUUCCUAUAAAUUUUAAAUAUUUCCUAAGACACAAAAAGAAUCUUUUCUACAAAGAUACAAAGAUCCCAAAGGCUAGGACCUGCCACAGUGAAUUAAGUGCCUACCUCGCAGCAGUUAGCACUAGGUUGUGUCCUGUCUCUGUUUAGGUGAUAGGGGCUGCUUUCCUGCUCAGGGAUGAUUUCUUGCUGCUGUUAGCUUUGUUCUGUUGUGUUUAUAAGUUGUGUCUGGUUAUUAUUUGCCAGCUAAGAGAAUAGUUAGAGCAGAGAUGAAAUUUUGAGCUGUUAUCUAUAUUCUGAGCCUCUUCAUUGAAAUCCCCACCAGAAAAGAUUAGGAAAAAUCAGAUGCCUGUGAUGCCUAUGAAGACUCCCUUAAAAACCCUGGAUGGGUUUGUUUUUUUCUGCUGUACUGUUAAGGUUUUCUGGUCUGUGUUCUUUAAGCAAUAAAUAAAUUCCUCAUUUUAAAUGGA